GGCUUGCCUUAAGCUUUUAACUAGUCGCACAAACAACAACGAUGCCCAAAUUCUAAUACUAAGAAUAUUGCAUAAAAAAAAAGUGGAAUAAACCUUUCAAUCUUCAAUUCCCCACAUACUCGCCCUACUCUGUACCAUGCUUUCCGCGCUGGAGAUCUCCGCCUUGCUCGGAGACUGCCGAUGCGGGGACCAUCGACCUCACUAUAUAUCGAAACCCAACCAAUUUUUAACAGAAGCGCUACCUCCAACUGUAAUUUCAGCAUUGUGUUUGCACAGAAACUACUACACUGGAAUAUUUCCGCGCAUAGAUCGCCAUGUCUCCCAAUCUCCCCUCGCCGUCAUCGCUCAUCUCGCUCCCACAGGAACAACAGUUCCAGGUGCUCGACACGCUCUUUGAGCCAUCGCCGGAGCUUCAUGCGCUGAUGGCUCCUGUUCUGGCCAAUCAGACAUUCUCCUCAUAUGCUAGUCUGAUUGAUGCCGUCGGAGGCCGCAUGUCCGCUCUAUCUGCGGCGAAUUCGCCGACUGAUAAAGCCGUUCUGGUCGGAAUUUUGGGAUCGCAUCCCCGUCUGGGACGACCGAAGGUGGCGCAAUCCGAGCAUCUAAGUGAAUUGAGCAAGAAGGAACAAGCGCAGUUAAACACAGGCGCAGAGGAGCUAGCGGAACGAUUGCGACUGCUAAACGCUGAAUACGAGGAGAAAUUCCCUGGAUUAAGAUUUGUAACUUUUGUCAAUGGACGGACCCGAGACGUUAUCAUGGUGGAGAUGCGACAAAGAAUUGACAGAGGUGAUGCCGAGAGGGAGAUAGAAGAAACUAUCCAGGCAAUGUGUGAUAUAGCUAAAGAUCGGGCGCGAAAGUUGGAACAGGUGUCGCGGAUAUAGAUCCCUGAAGAACAUACUAUAGGCGGAUUAAUCAGGGUAUAUCGCCGCAAUUAAGCGUCGUCAAAUUAGGAUAGCUCGUGGUCAAAGGAAUUCCAGUCUAAGGGCCACCUUAUCGCUCAACGCAGACAUCCAGUCACGAUCGCGUGAGUGGUGCUCAAGCGUUGUAGCUAUGGCAACCGAUGUGGAGACCAAUUCAACUCUGCUUGGCCGCUGUAUAAUCAGAACAGAGAUCGCAUAACGUGUCAUGUCUUCUAGAAAGUGAUAUUAUCAAUUGAAUGAAUGCGGAGAUAACAGGGCCA